GGCAGAUGUUACAACUUUUUCGCAGUCUCUCCCGCUGUGUGUCCCUUCCCAGGCUCUCCCAGCCAGUGUCUCCCUCCCCUUUCCCCGUGGGGUCCUGCCCAUCUCCCUGCGGGGAGCCAGGCCUUGCGGAGGACUCUGGGCUGGGCCAGAGGCCGGGCCUGGAGCAUCGGGGGUCGUGGGGAGGAGAGAAGGAAAGCGGUGACCAGAGAAAUUAGGAGGCGGGAGGGAUUCGGGGUAGAGAAGAAGCGGAGAGUCGGGGGAUGGUGGAGAGCACUUUUGGGAAGCCGACACGCGGAGACUCCCGCUGGCCUGGCUGAGUUAGGGGAUAGGGACCCAAGGCGGCCGCGGGCGGCUGGAUGCGGGCCUGACUUUCCCGGAACGCCCAGCCCCCUGCCCAGCGGCCGGUCCCGGACUAGACCCUGGGCGGCCCCCGGGGGCCGGAGCCUUCUGGCUGCAUCCAGGCCGGCGGGCGGGCUGGCGGUGCGCCUCCGGCGGUAAGGCUCAGAGGCCGGGGAGCCCAGCGCGCCCGCCCGGGCAGUCGCGAUGCACGCCCUCACGGGAUUCUCCUUGGUCAGCCUGCUAAGCUUCGGCUACCUGUCCUGGGAUUGGGCCAAGCCGAACCUAGUGGCUGACGGGCCUGGGGAGGCCGGCGAGCAGCCCUCGGCUGCUCCACCACGGCCUCCUCACAUCAUCUUCAUCCUCACCGACGACCAGGGGUACCACGACGUGGGCUACCAUGGCUCAGAUAUCCAGACCCCCACGCUGGACCGGCUGGCCGCUGAGGGCGUCAAGCUGGAGAAUUACUACAUCCAGCCCAUUUGCACACCUUCGCGGAGUCAGCUCCUCACUGGCAGGUACCAGAUCCACACAGGACUGCAACACUCCAUUAUCCGCCCUCGGCAGCCCAACUGUCUGCCCCUGGACCAGGUGACACUGCCCCAGAAGCUACAGGAGGCAGGAUAUUCCACCCACAUGGUGGGCAAAUGGCACCUGGGCUUCUACCGGAAGGAGUGCCUGCCCACUCGCAGGGGCUUCGACACCUUCCUGGGCUCACUCACAGGCAACGUGGACUACUACACCUAUGACAACUGCGAUGGCCCAGGGGUAUGUGGCUUCGACCUUCGAGAGGGAGAGAGUGUGGCCUGGGGUCUCAGCGGCCAGUAUUCCACCAUGCUCUAUGCCCAGCGUGCCAGCCACAUUCUGGCCAGCCACAGCCCCCAGCAGCCCCUUUUCCUCUACGUGGCUUUCCAGGCAGUACACACACCCCUACAGUCACCUCGGGAGUACCUGUAUCGAUACCGCACCAUGGGCAAUGUGGCCCGGCGCAAGUACGCAGCCAUGGUGACCUGCAUGGAUGAGGCUGUGCGUAACAUCACCUGGGCCCUCAAGCGCUAUGGUUUCUAUAACAACAGUGUCAUCAUCUUUUCCAGUGACAAUGGUGGCCAGACUUUCUCGGGGGGCAGUAACUGGCCUCUUCGAGGACGCAAGGGCACUUACUGGGAAGGUGGUGUGCGGGGCCUGGGUUUUGUCCAUAGCCCUCUGCUCAAGCGAAAGCGGCGGACAAGUCGGGCCCUGGUGCAUAUCACAGACUGGUACCCGACCCUGGUGGGUCUGGCAGGUGGUACCACAUCAGCAGCUGAUGGACUGGACGGCUAUGAUGUGUGGCCAGCCAUCAGUGAGGGCCGGUCCUCGCCACGCACAGAGAUCCUGCACAAUAUCGACCCACUCUACAACCAUGCCCAGCAUGGCUCCCUGGAGGGUGGCUUUGGCAUCUGGAAUACAGCUGUGCAGGCUGCCAUCCGGGUGGGAGAGUGGAAGCUGCUGACUGGAGACCCAGGCUAUGGUGACUGGAUCCCACCACAGACAUUGGCCUCCUUCCCUGGCAGCUGGUGGAACCUGGAGAGGAUGGCCAGUGUCCGUCAAGCUGUGUGGCUGUUUAACAUCAGUGCUGACCCUUACGAACGAGAGGACCUGGCUGGCCAGCGACCUGACAUUGUCCGUACCCUGCUGGCCCGCCUGGCCGAUUAUAACCGCACUGCCAUCCCUGUGCGCUAUCCAGCUGAGAACCCUCGGGCCCACCCUGACUUUAAUGGGGGUGCUUGGGGGCCAUGGGCCAGUGAUGAGGAAGAGGAGGAGGAGGAGGAGGAAGGUGGGGCUCAGAGCUUCUCCCGGGGGCGACGCAAGAAGAAAUGCAAGAUUUGCAAGCUUCGAUCUUUUUUUCGUAAACUCAACACCAGGCUGAUGUCCCACCGAAUCUGAUGGAUGGGAGUGGUGGGGAUCUCAAGUUCCCCUCACUUUUCCACUGCUGUUUCUCAGGGAGAAGACCAAGUCUUUAUUGAUAAGAAAGUGGAGGGCAUAGAAGCCCGCAACUGAAUAGGAUGGAAACUUGGGGAGAGGGCACAAACUAGUCUGGUAUGCCUGCAUCCUGGGCCUGUUUCUCUCCUGAGACUCAGGUUACCUAUAGCAACAUUGGGCCUUGGUCUCCUCACCUGUAAGAUGAGUUUAUGUGACCUGUGCCUGGGGCUGUGGCAGAGUUCCUUGUUGACCUUGCCACCUUCUAGAUGAUAUGGGCCCAGGGCCUUCUUUUUUGGACAGCAGCUAGAUGCUCUAUAAAGGGACCUGGUGAGGGCUGACAGUAUGGGGCAUGAGGCUGGGAAGUCACCUUUCCUGGAUCUUACACGCCUUGGUCAGUCCUGGGGCUGCAUGGUGUGGGAACUUGGUGGACCGCUCUUCUUUCUUUCCCUAACAUCCAGGGAGCACCCCAUCCAUAGUCCCAGGCACAGGUCACCUGUGGUCUGCCCACUGCCCAGGACACUCCCGGAGCAGCUGCAUGUUGAGAGUUGGGGAAACAGCUGUGAAAAGAUCCUCUGAACCAGUCAUUUCCUUUGACCCUGGGCACAGUCCUUCCCCUGGGGCCUCAAUUUCCCUACCUGCAAAGGGGUAGGGGAAUGCUAGCCCUGGCUUUGCCUACCUCACAGGGAUAGAAAACUGGCCAAGCUUAAUGGUUGUGGAAGAGCUUGUGAGCUGAAUUAAAGUGCCAUUGCCCAGAGUUGAGAGA